AUUCUGUCUGUCUAGUCAUUCUGUCUGUCAGUUUGUCUGUUUGUUUUGGUCAGUAGUUUAUCAGCUGAACAUGAGAAGCAGAAAUGGCAGAGGGUAGAUGUGUGUUAGUGGCAGGAACGAGUUCAGGGUUAAACUCUGCACUAUGGAGAAGCUCCUGAACCUCUUAGAACCUCUCCAUGUUUUUGUCCUGAAAAACGUGAAAAAUCCGUUCUCGACAUUUUUGUCCAUUCUGAGCAAACGAAUCCUCACCCCCGAGUUCCUGUUUAUGUUCUCCGCUGUGUGGGUGUGGACCUGCACACUCAUGAAUAUACCGAGUAUGUGUUGAGCCGAGCUGCACCUUUCCUUUCAGUCCACUUUUCUUCUCUUCUUCCGAAUAUUUCUCUCUCUCUCUCUCUCUCUCUCUCUCUCUCUCUCUCUCUCUCUCUCUUUCCCCAUGUUCUCUGAAUGGAUGUGUUGUUUCUCUGUUUACUUUCAAAACACACAAGGUGACUGGGUUGAGUGGGGCUCCCAGCAGAGGAGCACUUCUGUGGGUAUCCAGGAAAAAUUCUCCUGAAAUUAUACACACACACACACACACACACACACACACACACUACACACACACCUGUUUUGUGUUGUUUACGGGAGCUGUGCAGUUCAGUACUGAUUAGAUCAGUGUGUGUGUUUCUCAUUUAACUUUUGGCCUACGACCUUCAAUAUGGUUCUCCAGACAAGUUAGGCUGGAUUGUUGAACGUCCUAUGUGACGUGUUCUAUACACACACACACACACACACACACACACACACACACACACACACACAACUGGUGUUGUUCCGCCCCCACUCCCGCCCUGUUCUGCCCUUCGGACUUCCUAGACUACGCUUCACAUUUCCAAGGGUUACACAUCCCUCUCUCUCUCUCUCUGUCUAUACACCUCUGUCUCUAUCCCUUUCUCUCUGUCUAUACACCUCUGUCUCUAUCCCUUUCUCUCUGUCUAUACACCUCCAUCUCUAUCCCUCUCUCUCUCUGUCUAUACACCUCCGUCUCAAUCCCUCUCUUUGUGUAUACUCCUUCAUCUCAAUUUCUGUUUCUCCGUAUACUCUUUUCCAUCUCGAUCCCUCUCUCUCUGUAUACUCCUCUGUCUUGAUCUCUCUCUCUCUGUAUACUCCUCCAUUUUGAUCCCUCUCUCUUUCUCUGUAUACUUCUCCAUCUCAAUCUCUGUUUCCAUAUACUCCUCCGUCUCAAUCUCUCUCUCCCUCUCUCUCUCUCUCUCUCUCUCUCUCUCUCUCUCUCUGCAACCCUUCUUCCGCUUUGUCCUGAAAAUUCCCAAAUGGGUGAAGAACAUUAGAACCUGAUUUUAUUUAGACCUUUUUCUCUAAGAACAUGGUAUUGGGCAUGGCCUCCUGCCCUCUGGGAGUUUCCUCUCCUGGGGGUUCACCAGUAUUCAUGCAGCAGGCGGAGGUGUCGGACAGUGCGUACCUGGGCUCGGAGAGUGCGUACAGUGAGUGUGAGACGUUCACGGAUGAGGACACGGGUGCACUCGUACACCCAGAGCUGCACGAGGACGUGGAGACGGACAGCGGCAUCGAAAACACACUCGCCGAGAGCGAAGACCGCAACAGGUUCUCACUCGGCUCGGAUUUGCAUGGCCACGCCCUGGUAGCUGUGAUUGGUGGGGAGGAGGAGCACUUUGAAGACUUUGGGGAGAGCAACUCCACCUCUGAUCUUUUGCUGGCCAAUCAGGAAGAGGGGAGGGUGGCACCUGAAGGAGAAGGAGACCCAGAGCCACACCCACACACUGGGAGCCCAGUGCAUCGUCCACCCAUGCUGCUGUCACCCAGCUCUGAGCCUUUCCCCUCCAGCUUCCAGAAUUUCCUGCAGUCGGAAUCUCUGGAGUUUUUCUGCACUCACUGUCACAAACAGAUCAGCCGCCUGGAGGAUCUCUCCACACGCCUGCACUUACUAGAAAUGAAUAGCUCCAGUAAGAGACUGUCCAGUAAAAAAGCUGCGAGGCACUUGUUGCAGUCCAGCGGUCUCGAUGGUAUGAGUGAUCUGAGUCGUGACUUCCUGGACCUCGCCGACAGUGACAUCACAGAUAAGGUGCUACUCCUGGAGCGGCGCGUGUCUGAGCUGGAGAAGGACUCUGCGGCGAGCGAGGAGCAGCAUGCCCGUCUGCGGCAGGAAAACCUGGCUCUGGUGCACCGCGCCAACGCCUUGGAGGAGCAGCUCAAAGAGCAGGAGCUUCACUCUGACGAGACCCUGAACACGCUCGCCCGCAAACACAGAGACGCUCUGAGCAAGCUGCAGCGCGAAAGAGAGCUGGAGAUCGAGAACUUGCAGGCCAGGCUGCAUCAGUUGGAUGAAGAGAACAGUGAGUUGAGGUCUUGCGUGCCCUGUCUAAGAGCCAACAUUGAAAGACUGGAAGAGGAGAAGAGGAAGCUCCAGGACGAAAUGGACGACGUGAGCGACAGACUGAACGAAGAAACCGAGUCCCGCAGGAAGAUGGCCGACAAACUGAGCCACGAACGCCACACCAGCCAGAAAGAGAAAGAGACCACGCAGGAGCUGAUAGAGGACUUGAGGAAGCAGUUGGAAAUGCUGCAGCUGUUCAAGUUGGAGACGGAGGCUCGACGCGGCCGAUCCCCCGCCGCCGGACUCCAGGAGUACAACACGCACAUGAGAGAGAACGAGCUGGAGCAGGAAAUCCGCCGCCUCAAGCAGGAUAACCGCAGCUUGAAGGAGCAGAAUGACGAGUUGAACGGACAGAUCAUCAAUCUGAGCAUCCAGGGAGCCAAAAGCCUCUUCACCGAGUCUCUGUCCGAGUCGCUGGCAGCCGAGAUCAACAACGUCUCCCGCGCAGAGCUAAUGGAGGCCAUCCAGAAGCAGGAGGAGAUCAACUUCCGUCUGCAGGACUACAUCGACCGCAUCAUCGUGGCCAUCAUGGAGUCCAACCCUUCUAUACUGGAGGUCAAAUAAUCGCCACGACGACGGACCGGUUCUGACUUCUGCUUCAGCUGCGCUUCGGUCUUCAUAACGUGUGUGUGUGUGUGAGUGAAGCGUAUUGGUUCCUGUGACCUCCCUUUGGUUUGGGAUAGAGGGGCCCAAUCCCUCAGGUGUGUGUGUGUGUGUGUGUGUGUGUGUAUUACAUGUCCCUUAAUUGGUUAAUUGACUAUUGCAAAUAUUAGCCAGUUAACCAAUUAGUGUCAACUAAUAUUCCGAGUCCAUUAUCAGGUGUUUGCACACGUCACCUUUUUAAAUCACAUGACCCAAGUUGCCAUGGUGAUUAAUUCGUUAUUAUAAUUUGUUAUGACAAAAACUAAAAAAAACAUUUCAUUGGAAAAUC